AUGUCAAAAUUACUCUGCAUCCCACCAAUCUCAUCAACACUAAUUCAGAGAAUUCAAGCUUUAAAUGUUUUCUCAGCAUUAGGUUUCUUGAAUGUAGUUUUGGUUCAUAAAACAGACGAUAUUUUGUAUGAAACAUUCGAACCCUUUUUAAAUGGAUUGAAAAUACUGACGAAUCCAGAAGAUUCAUCAUUGGUGUUUCCCGACAAGGUAAAGAAUUUAAAUGGGAUGCAUUUUAAAGUGCCAUAUUUUUAUCAGCCGCCAGUUGUUGACAUUAAAGAUGGCGUUCUUUACAGUCCAAUGCUGUAUUUCUUAGAAGCUGUCGGAAUUGCACAAAAUGCAAGAGUUGACUUGAUUUUUUUGCCUAAUUCCACACAUUUAAUUGUUAAUUGGCUGACUCGAUCCAUGCAUUUAACAAUCAACUCUGGUGUAGGAAUUAAAAUAUCAGAACCAAAGCUUCUUACUUAUGAGAAGAAAAGCUAUUGUGCCUUAGUUCCAGUUCCACUAAAAGCAUCAUUUUUCCAUGUCAUCUUUAUUGAGCCAUUCGAUAGCUUCACUUGGAUUUUUAUAGCACUUUCAGUUUUAAGUUCUGUUGCUGUUUGGAGAAUGUUCCAAAGCCGAGGUGCUGUUGAUUCUCAUUGGAAAGUUGCUUUUGGUAUUUUCACAAUAUUUAUCCGGCAAGGUGCUGAUUUUUCUCUAAGAAAUCGUACAGUUCUUGUGCUUCUUCUCAAUAUCAUUUGCUUGACGACUUUCUUGCUGAGCAAUUUAUACGAAGGUGCUUUACCAUCCUUAAUGAUUAAACCAAGUUAUAGUCAUCGACUUCAAACUGUUGAUGAUCUUUUAAAUUCUAAUUAUGAAAUAAAUGCUAAUCCAUUGUUUAAAUACACGCUGAGGAACUCAAGUUUGGUUCAAGCAAUGGCACCGCGACUUAACACAUUGAGCUUGGUGAUAGGAGAAGAUGAUGGUAAGUUGGUGAUUGACCAGCAUUAUGUAUUCAUUAGGACCUGCGAUGUUGCUGAAAUUACAUUGAAGCAUAAACUUCCUAACGGUCGGGCUGUCUCAGACUAUUAUUACUUAUUAUCUGAGGAACUGUCAUGGCAGUUCAUUCAAUUGGAAGCAAGCUAUUUUAAUCCAUUUUUGGAGAGAUUACAAUACUUUAUGAAUUUAUCAUUUCAAGCUGGUUUGCCUCAAAUGUGGAAGGUCAUGGCUUCACAAGACUACUCACAGUAUGAAGGAAAACAGAAAAUAGAUGAAAGAAGUUUUUUGGAGUUACAGGAUCUUGUAUCAAUUUUUGGAUUGUUGAUUAUUGGUUCAGGCUUAUCAGCUAUUGUGUUAUUUGCUGAGAUUUUCUAUCAUGACUGUCUUCACAAUUUGAAUACUAAUAGAAGGAAUGUUUGGAAAAGUAUCAAGCACAUGUCCAAAUAUAAGAGACAAAUUGAAAAUCCGAAAGUUCGGAGCAUUCUUGUCCGACAGCGGCAACAAGAUCAGUAG